AAUUUGAACUCAAACUAGUCGCAAUUGUGCAAAAUUUAAGUUUGCCGUUUUUCCGGCGAAUUCGGCAAAUUGUCGGCUUGCCGAUUUGUCUUAGGUCAAUUUGCCGAUUUUACCGAAAUUUUCAGUCUGGCCAAUUUUCCGAUUUGCCGGACAAUUUCAGUUUGGGCAGUUUGCCGAUUUGCCGGAAAUUUGUCGAUUUGCAGCAAAUGUUCAGUUUGCGCAAUUUGCCGUUUGCAGGAAAUGUUCAGUUUGCGCAAUUUGCCGAUUUGCCGGAAAUUUUAGUUCGAGCAAUUUGCCGAUUUGCCGGAAAUGUUCAGUUCGCGGAAUUUUCCGAUUUGCCGGAAAUUUGCCGAUUUGCAGGAAAUGUUCAGUUUGCGCAAUUUGCAGAUUUGCCAGAAAUUUUAGUUCGAGCAAUUUGCCGAUUUGCCGGAAAAUUUUAGUUCGAGCAAUUUGCCGAUUUGCCGGAAAUGUUCAGUUCGCGGAAUUUGCCGAUUUGCCGGAAAUUUUCAAGUUUGGCCAAUUUACCUACCGAUUUGCCGGAAUGUUUCAUUCUCCGCCCGCCUCUGAUGUAGAGGAUCAAUGUUCAAAUCCUAAAAAACCUUCAAUUUCUCAAUAGAUCCCUGUCAAAUUGCUAAAGAUUUCAAAAUAAGUCACUUUUUGACCUCCUUUUUUUGUAUUUUGACCGAAUGCCAAAAACCAUUCGAAGAUCAAUGAUUCAUCAGGGAUAUAAUCCUCAUUGAUCAUCAUAGCCUCAAUUUUUCUGCUCAAUUUCCAUUUUGUCUCUCUCCCCCGUCCAGACAAACAUUAUUUCAAAACCCUCUUUGUUUGCUCCCUCCCUUUUCAAAAAAGAAAUAUGAUGCCAAAGUAAGAGAGGUUAGGUGAAAAGUAACCGAAUAUAACUGGUAACCGGUCCCCAAGAGAAGAAGAAGAAAAGAGUGAUAAGUUUGGCGCUCAAUUUUCUAAAUACUCCACUGGGUGUCAGUCAGUUACUGAGACGAACGAUGGCUGUGCGGAGGCUAUUAUUUUUGACAUUAUUUUCUGCAUUUUCAAAUGUUUCAAAUGCUCAAUACCAAAAUCAGAAUCAGAAUCAGCAGUCAAAUUACGUGACAGUUAGCUGUUCCCAAGGUUCUGUACAGGGAAGGCAGGUCAAUUUAGGAAACGACCAAUCUCAACUCUACUCUGGUCAGGCGAAUGCUUUCACCGGAAUUCCAUAUUGUCAAGCUCCAGUCGGAAACCUCCGUUUACAACCUCCUCAACCAUUAAAUCAAUUUAACACGACACUUCACGAUGCCACAUAUUUCCGACCAAAAUGCCCACAGCUGAAUGCCGGUGGGCCGACGAACGAAGACUGCCUAUAUCUUAAUGUUUACACUCCACAGGCUGGAAAUACCAACGCCAACCUUUCUGUUCUUGUUCUUAUCGAUGGAUCGAAUGGUUUCUCAAAUGGAGGAUGUGAUCAAAACCAGGAAAAGGGAAUAAUCUCUAAUCUGGUUCAACGUCAAAUUGUAGUUGUCACCAUGCAAUACCGUAUCGGAGCACUCGGCUUCUUCACUACUUACACAAAUUCUGUUCAAUCAAAUUUGGGAAUGUUGGACCAAGUUCAAGCAAUGAGAUGGAUUAAGACGGAAAUUGUGAACUUUGGAGGAAACCCGAACCAAAUUACAGUAGCCGGGCAGGAUGAUGGAGCGUGUGCAGUAUCGGCUCACUGUUUGAGUCCGAUGAGUCAGAAUCUCUUCAACCAAGCAAUUGUCCAAAGUGGCUCAGUCUACAGUUGCUACAACCCAACUCCUGCAGUACCAACAAAUCCUCAAGUUCAGGUCACCACACCACGACCAAUGUACGAUCAAUCGAAUACUGGAUAUGGAAAUGCUGGAUAUCAGAAUAACUAUGGUUAUCAACCACAGCCAAUAACUUCGACAAGCUCUUAUAAUUCUGCAAAUGCUCAAUAUGACGAUCCAAGUCAGCAGCUUGCUCAGACAUUGUGUAACAUUUCUCCAGAUCAGUGGAAUAAUGGGCAAACCCAGAACAUUCAAAAUUGCAUGAAAAACUAUACUGUCGAUUUCUUUGUGAAUCAGCAGCCGGGGGGUCCUAAUGCCACGUGGAUGAUUGUUCGAGACACUUCUUUCCUUCCUGGAUCAAUUGAUAGUCUGACAACUAGACGCCCAAAUAUUCCAAUUAUUAUUGGAACAGUCCAAGAUGAGGAUGCUGAUUAUGCAUUUAAACUGAUUAAUACUGGAAAAGGAAGUGAUCCAAAUAAUUUGGAUGAUUGGAUUUUUGACUUUGCCCGCAAGAACAAGCUCAAUCAGACUCAAGCCAAUCAAGUUUCAAAUAUUAUUUCAAACAAUUACGGGGUCAAUACAGGUGCCCUAGGCCAGCAGGGAGCCCAAGUGAAUAGUCAAUACCAGGGUUCUGGUACUGGGCAGCAAGUAAAUAAUCAGUAUCAGAAUACUCAAGGCCAACAGACAAAUAAUCAAUAUCAAUACGAUCAGGGAGGUCAACAGACUAACAAUCAGGGAGCAUAUUAUGGAGGAGUGGUUGCUGGACAACAGACUACUUAUCAGAAUCAGAAUCAAAAUCAGCAAGGAGUACAAAGGGAUCAAGGAUCGUAUCAAAAUCAAUACAGUAAUCAAAAUCAACAAGUGUACAACAAUCCAGGAUCCUAUCAACAGCAACAACAACAACAAUCCAACAAUCAGCAAGUGUACAGCAACCAAGGGAAUACCUACUCUCAAACCAACAAUCAGAAUCAAUACGGAAGUUCAGGCCAAAAUCAAAAUCAAAACCAGCAAACUUCGAAUCAAUAUCAGAAUAACGGAGUCUACACAAAUGUGACACAAUAUUCAAAUGUGAACAAUAAUUACGGGUAUCAAAGAGAUCAGCCAGCAACUACUGGCAUGCAAACUGUUAAUGGAAAUGGAAAUGGAGUCACUGAUUUCUCUCAAUUGAGGACCAUUUCAUCGAUUGCAUCUGAUCAGUCCACCUCAUUGACCACAACACAAAUCCAAUCUUAUAUGCAAAACGGCGCCCGUCACGUCCGUGUCUAUCAGUUCACUCACGUCUCGGAAGUUGGAAGAAACACUGUUCCCGACACAGGAGCCAACUGGAAACCGGUCUUCAAGGGACAGGACAUGUACUUCAUCACAAUGUCGGAAACGAUUUGGACAAACUCCAACUAUACUCCACAGGAUCGACAGGUGGCUAAUCAAAUGGGACAGAGGUGGUCGGAUUUCGUGAAGACUGGAAAUGUGGCCAACUGGGAUACGACUAAUCAGCAGAAUUAUAACUAUUGUAACUUGAAUACUCAAGCCACUCAACAGGCACAGUAUGGGCAACAAGCGAGGAGGGUGUUCCAGGAUCAAGUUAAUCCAAUUGUUCGAAUAGCUCAAAACAACUACGCCAUGGCAAAUAAUCAAUCAAUACCGUACCCAUCUGCAUCUGGAUCUCAAAUUUCUCGAGCACCCGGCACAGCUCAGGCUCAGUAUACAAAUAACGCCAAUGGAGGUUCCAACUUUCAUCUCACAUUCCAAGUGAAUAGUUUCCCGUUUAACGGUUGAUUUUUUUCGAAAUUGUUCAACAUUUUGAAAUGACCAAUGUAUUGAAUUGCCUUUCACCUCUGUGAUGUCCUUCACCAAACUAUGUAUGAUAUUUUUGUUGAUAAUAAUGAAUGGAUUUUAUUUU